AUGGCAUCAGAACCACACGAUCCCAAUUUCUUCCAAGAAUUCGACAUCCACAACAUUGUCUACAAAACGGUGGGAGAUCACGAUAUCGCAUUGUCGAUUCUCGUUCCAAAAAGUCUUCUGAGCGGAGUGUUCAGCUUUCAUGGCAGGAGACCAGUAAUUGCUCGGUUCCAUGGCGGUUUCUUGAUUGGAGGCUCCCGUCUCUACUCCGACUGGUUUCCUAAGUGGGUUCUUGAGCUGGCUAUCUCCAGACAGGCAAUCAUUGUCACACCAGACUACCGCCUCUUGCCCGAGUCGAGUGGACUGGACAUACUCUCCGACCUAGCCGACUAUUGGUCCUGGGUGCAACGGGAUCUAGAAUCAAGCCUUGUGAGAGCAUACCCAUCGUCCCUCGUCAAGCCCGACUCGGACAGGAUCCUUGUGUUGGGAGAAAGCGCUGGCGGCUACCUUGCCCUCCAAAGCGUGCUCCUUCAUCCAGAGAUAAACUUCAAAGCCGUGGUGUUAGUGUACCCCAUGCUCCAUCUUAGAGACAGAUUCUGGGAUGAGGAAUUUGACAAGCCAAUCUUUGGUGCACCCAAUCUGCCCUACGAUAUAGUCGAGAAGCACCUCAGCGAAUUGCCAGAUGGUGCAGUAGUCACUGCCGACGAAGGCCUCGAGAAAGGAGGAGAUCGCAACCGAAUUACCCUGGCGCUGAGCAUCGUGCAGAACGGGAAAUUCCUUGAUUUUCUUGGUAAGGAGGCGGCUGUAUUUCCUGUAGAGAACAUCUCCCGAGCAAAGCGGAUGCCGCCUUUCCUUUGGCUGUUCCACGGAAGACAAGAUUCUGCAGUCCCACUCUACGGAAGUGAAUUGUUCAUCAGUGAGCUUCGCGCCAAACAGCCAGAGAUGGACAUCAGGUUUGAAACACUUGAUGGUGAACAUGGAUUUGAUACAGACGCGACGAUUCAAGACGGUUGGAUGAGGGAUGGGAUAAUUGAAUUGGCAAAAUAUUGGUAG